AGACCGCGUGUGGUUAUCCUGGGCUCCGGAUGGGCCGCCGCGCGGCUGGUGCACGACAUUGACCCCAAGUUGUACGACAUAACGGUGAUCAGUCCGCGGAACCACAUGGUUUUCACCCCUCUCCUCGCAUCCACCACGGUGGGGACUUUGGAGCCUCGCAGUGUUGCCGUACACAUGAACGACAUACAGCCUGCGCUGUCGUCGCCUUCAAAUGCCUUGUAUAUCGCCGAGGCUCAAUCCGUGGAUCCGACCAGCCAUACCGUUACUUGUCAAAGCGCGGAUGGCAUGUCGUUUGCCGUAUCGUACGACAAGCUGGCAAUAUGUACGGGAUCCCAGGGAAGCACUUUUGGCAUCCCUGGAGUUCUGGAGCACGCGCACUUCCUUCGCGAUGUGAAGCAGGCGGAGGCCAUUCGCCAGCGGCUCAUAGAGAAUCUGGCGCUUGCUGGAAUCCCAGGCCGCCCCCUGGAUGAGUGGCAGCGGCUGCUUCAUGUCGUCAUUGUGGGCGGGGGGCCGACCGGUGUGGAGGUGGCGGGGGAGCUCACCGACUUUAUUUCCAAUGAGCUUCGGAAGCUGUACCCAGAGAGAUCUCGUGCCAUGAGGGUGACGUUGGUGGAGGCUCGUGAGCUGUUGGGCUCCUUCGAUGCAUCGCUGCGCGAGUACGCGGCGCGGAAGCUCAUUCGACGGGGUGUCGUACUCCGGAAGGCGAGUCUACGUGGGUAUCGUACUGUACGGCCCGUGCAGGACGGAACCGUACUGCCGUACGGGCUGUGUAUCUGGAGCACCGGCGUCGGCCCCACGCCGUUCACGUUGUCGCUGCCCUUCGCGAAAACUGCUGUGGGCCGCAUCGCCGUGGACAAGUUCAUGCGACCCGUCCCGCAUGUGUAUGCGCUCGGGGAUUGUUGCGCCAACCCGGACAACCCCCUGCCGGCGCUGGCGCAGGUUGCCGAACAACAGGGGCGAUACCUCGCCCGCGUCCUCAACGCCGCCGCCAAAGGACCCGUGUACGGCGAAACCACUGCCGUACAGCAGUUGGCUCCAGAAUUCCGGUACCGGCACCUGGGCUCCAUGGCGACGGUUGGCGGCCACUCGGCGGUUUUGGAGCUAGGGGACGCCCAACGGCGGCAGUUGAGUUUGGCGGGCUUUUUGAGCUGGGUCGCGUGGCGCUCGGCCUACCUGACACGGUUGGGCAGUUUGCCGAAACGGUUGGCGGUUGCGUUUGACUGGACGGUGACGAUGCUGUUUGGCCGGGACCUAAGUCGCUGGUAA